AUGACUGUAAGACAGACCCUUUUCAGGGACCUUUCGCGCGUUAUGCUUUCUUUAACUCGUGUACCCCAGCCUCGUAUUGGCUCUUGGACUAUCGAUUCAGAGGGUCUGAUCCAUCUAACUAAUCGGCCGCUUACCCUUCGAUUGCAUGAAUUUGAGAACUUGGGUAUACCUACGGGUAUUGACAGAAAGACGACAUAUGUUACCUCAGAGGCUUACUUCCGUGACACGCUGUUUUAUCACGAUAACCGUAUACGGUAUCAGCCAAACUCCAUGAAUGAUGAAGAAGACGGUCGUUCCCAGAUGGCCAAUCUUGCUAUGACGCGAACGAUACUCUCAGACUAUACAAGCCGCGACGUCCACCACGGACCGUUCUUCUUUUGA